CUAGCUGCAUGCUUUCUCUGUUCAUUCACAACAACGUCUCGUUAAUUAGAGAGGAUCUGUAGAGGAAGUUAACACAUCACGGUGUUGUUCAAUAAUAGUGACGUCCUCACUACAAAUACUGCCGUUUGAAACAUGGAAAAUACCAAACGUAACCAUGCAAACGAAAUAGGUUUUACUCUGGCUUCCAUAUUCCACUGAUGAGACAAUAGCGACGUUGUGUGGACACAGGAAGUACAACUAUGCAAACACAUCCAGGCUUUAUAAUCAAGCGACGAAUCACCGGUUGGUUUAACUAGACUGGGAUUGAGUCGUCAUGCCUUUGUCGUCUCCACGCUGUUUCAAUGGACGCUUUCGACUUGUUUCGUAAACUCGGAGCCGGAGCGAAAUUUGAUUUCAAGAGGUUUGGAAAAGAUGCCGAACGAUUUAAGGUGGUCAGGUCCCAAGAGAAAGAUGUAUCUGACCACUAUGGGAUCGACUUCUUCGGAACCGGAGGAACCCACGGCAACAAGGAGCAGAGAGCGGCGGAGAAGCAAGAAGAGGAGGGAGAGGUAGAUGCUGUUGCAGGGAAAAGGAAACUACAGGAUGAGGAGAAGACUGCAAAGAAGAAAAAGAAAGAUACUCAGGCUGAAGUGGCGUGUGAGGAGAACGAGGGCAUCCUGUGGACCUCCUCUGCAGACAGGAAGUCUAAAGGCUUGAAGGAGGGGAGGGACAGAGACAAGACAUCCAUGAAGAGACUCCAACACCUCCACCAAGAGAAUGUGAACCGUGUCCGCACGCAGAAUCGUAUCAACGUGCACGGCUGUGACGUGCCUGACCCAGUGUGCACGUUCUCCGAGCUGCAGUCCGAGUACAACCUGAACCCACGCGUCCUCCAGAACUUGUCCGCAGCUGGACUCACCAUACCCACGCCCAUCCAGAUGCAGGCUAUACCCCUGAUGAUGCAUGGUCGUGAGUUGUUGGCGUGUGCUCCGACAGGUUCGGGGAAGACUCUAGCGUUCUCUCUCCCUCUCCUGACACACCUGAAACAGCCUGCUAACCUCGGCAUCAGAGCUCUGAUCAUCUCUCCCACCAGGGAACUGGCCAGCCAGACCCACAGGGAGUUGGUGCGUCUGUCGGAGGGCGUCGGGUUCAGAGUUCACAUCCUAGACAAGGCCUCCAUGGCAGCCAGGAGGCACGCUACCAGCUCUAACAACAAAUCUGAUAUUCUGAUCAGUACCCCCAAUAGACUGGUGUUCCUCCUGAAGCAGGAUGCUCUAGACCUCAGCAGUGUGGAAUGGUUGGUGGUGGACGAGAGUGAUAAGCUGUUUGAGGAUGGUCGUAGAGGCUUCAGAGACCAGCUAGCGGCGGUGUUCCAGGCGUGUUCCUCCCCGCGGGUCAGACGAGCGUUCUACAGCGCUACCUGUGCUCCAGAUGUGGAACAGUGGUGUCGCCUCAACCUCGACAACCUGGUGUCUGUCAACAUUGGACACAGGAACUCUGCGGUCGAGACAGUAGAACAGGAGCUGCUGUUUGUUGGAACAGAGAACGGGAAGUUACUGGCCGUGAGGGACAUAAUCAAGAAGGGUUUCUUACCCCCCAUGCUGGUGUUUGUCCAGUCUAUUGAUCGAGCCAGAGAGCUCUUCCAUGAGCUGGUCUACGAAGGAAUCAACGUAGACAUUAUACACGCUGACCGAACACAGCAACAGAGAGACAACGUGAUCACUAGUUUCCGGUCGGGUGAUAUCUGGGUGUUGAUCUGUACGGCCCUGCUCGCCCGAGGUAUGGACUUUAAGGGUGUCAACCUGGUGCUGAACUACGACUUCCCUACCAGCGCUGUGGAAUACAUCCACCGCAUCGGUCGUACUGGCAGGGCUGGACGCACAGGGAAAGCUGUCACCUUCUUCACCGAGGAUGACAAGCCUCUUCUACGCAGUAUUGCCAAUGUGAUCAAGCAGGCAGGUUGUCCUGUCCCUGGCUACAUGGUUGGUUUUAAAAAGAUACACAGUAAGGUGAAACGGCAGCUCCAGAAGAAACCACCGAAGAGGAGCACUAUCCGUACCACCCCUCAAUUUGUACCGACGAAGGGAAAAGGAGGAGAGAAGACUGGAGGACAGAAGAAAAUAAAGAAGAAAGGAGGACUUGGAGGAGCAAAGAAAGGAGUUGACGGACCGGAGACGAAGGGAGCUGAAGGACAGACGUCGUCUGUAGGAGUCCAGUCUAAGGUCCAGGGGACGAGGAAAAAGAAGAAAGGAAAGAAGAACUGAAGACAAGGAGAUGGGGAAGACAAGGAGAUGAAAGGAAGGAGAAAACCGAUGGAGAUGGGUAGACAGGCAGAUGGAAGGAGAUGGGUAGACAGGCAGAUGGAAGGAGAUGGGUAGACAGGCAGAUGGAAGGAGAUGGGUAGACAGGCAGAUGGAAGGAGAUGGGUAGACAGGCAGAUGGAAGGAGAUGGGUAGACAGGCAGAUGGAAGGAGAUGGGUAGACAGGCAGAUGGAAGGAGAUGGGUAGACAGGCAGAUGGAAGGAGAUGGGUAGACAGGCAGAUGGAAGGAGAUGGGUAGACGGGCAGAUGGAAGGAGAUGGGUAGACGGGCAGAUGGAAGGAGAUGGGUAGACGGGCAGAUGGAAGGAGAUGGGUAGACAGGCAGAUGGAAGGAGAUGGGUAGACAGGCAGAUGGAAGGAGAUGGGUAGACAGGCAGAUGGAAGGAGAUGGGUAGACAGGCAGAUGUGUAUGAUAUUACUGUUCUGUUGCUUACAGUGUGAUUUGUAUUUCUUGGACAUUCUAAUAAAAACAGUUGAUUUAA